UUUAUCCCCCUUGGUGAGUUCGAAACGUGAAAACUAAAUUGGUUCUUCGUUUUCUUGCAAGCAAAAACAAACUUCUGUUAGGAAUUCGUCAAAAAAUUGGCUCGCAAAUCCUUCGAAAGGGUUUCUCAAUCCCACACGAAACAAAGAAGCGCAAAACCUACAUUGGUAUGUAACUUCUCACCACUUUCCUCAAUAUCAAUCAACGUGUGAAGUCUGAUGCAUUUCGAGUUCAAUUUCAGACUUUCAGCCGUUUCAAACUGAAUUCCCUGAUGGGUUUACUUCAGCCGACCUUCUUGUAGAUGUUAAACGUGUUACAUUUAUUGCAAAACACGUAUUCACCUCCACCGCUGUACUUUUCGUCGUUUUCUUAUAGAAAUUACACACCAUCAUUUGUAAUCGAAGAUCUCACUCGAUACAAAUCAACCCAAACCCCAAUUCAGAAAAACCAAAUUCAUCGAGGUUUGUGCAAGAAAACGAUGGUCGGAGCAGAAAUCGAGGGAUCGACCUCGACGAACAAUGCUUACGCGAAUGGUUUUGCCCAAAUCAACAACGGGUCUCUAGAGGAAAAACUCGACGAGCUUCGUAACCUAUUGGGUAAAACAGACGACGAUCCUUUACGAAUCGUGAGCGUUGGAGCCGGUGCUUGGGGCAGUGUGUUUGCAGCAAUGUUACAAGAUGGUUAUGGUCAUCUUCGAGAUAAAGUUCAAAUCAGGAUCUGGAGACGAGCAGGUAGGUCAGUCGAUCGAGCCACAGCACAACAUUUAUUCGAUGUAAUCAAUUCACGAGAAGACGUGUUAAGACGAUUGAUUAGACGAUGUGCGUAUUUGAAAUACGUCGAAGCAAGAUUAGGCGAUCGAGUAUUGUACGCAGAUGAGAUUUUGAAAGAUGGGUUUUGUUUGAAUAUGAUCGAUACUCCACUUAGUCCAUUGAAAGUAGUAACGAAUUUACAGGAAGCUGUUUGGGAUGCUGAUAUUGUCAUCAAUGGAUUACCAUCGACUGAAACUCAUCAAGUUUUUCAAGAAAUUAGCAAGUAUUGGAAAGAAAGAAUCACAGUUCCUAUUAUAAUCUCAUUAUCCAAAGGUAUCGAAGCUGAAUUGGAACCUGAACCCCAUAUAAUCACUCCCACUCAGAUGAUUAGUAGAUCAACUGGAAUUUCAAUGGAGAACAUUUUAUAUCUUGGAGGCCCUAACAUCGCAUCAGAGAUUUACAACAAAGAAUACGCAAAUGCAAGAAUUUGUGGAUCAGAAAAAUGGAGGAAGCCAUUAGCGAAGUUCUUAAGGCAACCACAUUUCAUUGUGUGGGAUAAUGGUGAUCUUGUCACUCAUGAAGUCAUGGGUGGGUUGAAGAAUGUCUACGCCAUUGGAGCUGGUAUGGUAGCAUCUUUAACGAAUGAGAGUGCAACUAGCAAAUCGGUGUAUUUUGCACAUUGUACAUCUGAAAUGAUAUUUAUAACUCAUCUUUUGGCUAAAAAUCCCGAAAAAUUAGCGGGCCCACUUUUAGCAGAUACAUAUGUGACAUUAUUAAAAGGUCGGAAUGCAUGGUAUGGACAAAAGUUGGCUAAUGGAGAAUUAACUCUUGAUAUGGGUGAUAGCAUUAAGGGAAAGGGUAUGAUUCAGGGAAUUUCAGCAGUGAAAGCAUUUUAUGAGCUACUUAGUCAAUCUCAUUUAAGCAUCCUUCAUCCAGAAGAGAAAAAGCCUGUUGCUCCAGUUGAGCUUUGUCCCAUUUUGAAAACCCUACACAAAAUUCUAAUUUCAAGGGAGGUUCCUACACAAGCUAUUCUUCAAGCAUUGAGAGAUGAAACAAUGAAUGAUCCUCGAGAUCGAAUUGAAAUGGCUCAAACUCAUGCUUUUUACAUGCCUUCACUCUUGGAACAAUAGUUUUGUUUGUUCAAAGUUUUGACUUUUUGACUGUUGAUUAUGUAAUAUUUGUUUGUUUUUGUUCUAUAGAUGAACUUUGUUACUUUACUUUGUGUUUCUUGUAAAAUUUGUUAUUAAGGAUGUGUACUUAGAAAUUUAUAAAAGUCAUUAGCAUUGUUCUUUUAA